AAUCGGAGACUUGGACUUAACAAUUAUUUUACACCACAAGGGGAAGUAUUUUUUCCCCCUAGUAAAUUAUUUAUUCUAACCUAAAAAAUGUGAACAGCUGAUCAAAUAAACAAACCAAGAUACUUAAUUUACAAAUCAGUUGAAUUUAGUGUUUUACAGUGAAUAACUUUUUAAGUUGUGACUGCAAUCUAUCAUUUACUUUCUAUAUUUACUCACCUCUUUUCCUACCAAGUAUUUAAACAGUUAGUGUCAUCGUUGCAGAUGAGAAUCUUUGCUCCUAGCGAAGGAGCCCCGACAUGAGCGCCAGUUAUCCCCUUUCCGAAGACUUUGGAUAGCAAUAGAGAUGGUUCAUUUAUGCCAUCAAAGGAAUUUCACGUAAAAUGGUUGAUAAACUAUCUUGUCCUGGUGUUUAUUGUGGUCGGGUACUGCUCUCUAAUGGGACGUACAGCUCGUGUGGUCCGUGUCCUAGAGGAUUCAAAGCGAAUUCAUCUAUCUGUGAACCAUGUCAAGGCUCUCCCUCCUUCUACGAUUGGUUGUAUCUUGGUUUCAUGGUUCUAGUACCACUGAUAUUUCAUUGGUUCUGUAUUGGAAACAAAGGGCAUUUCAGAGGAAGUUUCAGCAAAGGUUCCCUUUGGUUGCAUUUCAUUGCAUUGGUUGAGGUGGCUUUGGCCGCUGCUCUCACUCUAUUCAUGGUGGAACCGUUCGGAUCUUUCACCAUUCGCUCGUGCCCCAUCACAAACUUUGCAGAUUGGUACACCUUGUUUUACAAUCCGAAUCCUAACUAUGAGAUUGUACUUCAUUGCACCCAAGAAGCAGUUUAUCCAUUGUACACAAUGGUCUUUAUUUUCUACCUGUUAGGAAUAUUUAUGCUUCUGGUGGUUCGGCCAAUUUUAGUAACUUUAAUACUUGAUAAUUAUGGAAAGUCCAGCAUCUAUGCAGGUCUUUACUUCUAUCCAUUCUUGGGCCUGUUACAUGCGGUCUAUGGAGGAAUUAUUUAUUAUACCUUCCCAUAUAUUUUAAUCAUUUUAUCUGUGAUCUCGAACGCAAUUCAUUUUGCAUUUAAACUGGACCAGUCCAUGAAAGAGCUAGUCAUGUCAACUAUAACGGAUGUUCGAAAUUUUGUUAUUCUUAUGUGUCAUUGGAUGCUCCAUGCGUACGGCCUUAUAAGCAUCACCGAAAUGACCAACCCUAUUUACCACACUGCAUUGCUUUCAUUGGUGCCAUUCCCUGCCCUUUUUUACAUUUUAACCUCCAAAUUUUCCGACCCAUCAAAUCUUUGAGCGAAGCACUCAGGCAUGAAAGUUCAACUGUGGAGUAGAUUGGAUGGGAAAUUCAUCAAACCCAUUGGAAAAAGACUGAUUUUAAUGUUGGAGUCGUGUUUUUAAACAAGAAUACUGACAGCGUGAACACCACUCAGAGUGAGCAGAAGCAAGGAAUAUUAAAAAGAUGACAAAAAUUUCCUCGAACAUGGAUCCCAAAAAUGUUAAUCUGGAUAAGUUACUUAGAGUUAAAAUUGAUCAAAUAUAAGAAUAAUUUGCAAAGCAAAUGUUGUUAGGUAAAUAGUCGUUAAAAUAAUUUUUAUGAUAUUUGUUUCCAGAGAUUUUGAAUAAAUAUUUGGUUUUUUAA